AUGCGUUCCCUGCUGGAGCUGGCCACGACGUGCUUUGAGCGUGGCGUGCUGCCCGAGACGCCGCUGGCGGGCUUCGCCAUCUACCAGGCCGCGCUGCUGGGCGUGUACGCCGCGCACUUUGGCAGCAGUAGUGGUGCUGCUGCCGUGGACGCGGACGCGGACGCCGCGCUGUGCAGCCCGUCCGGCCAGGUUGCCGUGCGCCGCGCCCUUGAGCUGUUGGCCGCCAUGCGCCACCGCUUGCCGCUGGCUGCUGGCUGGCUGCGCACGCUGCACCGGCUGCAUGCGUUUGUGGGCCGCGCGCGGCGGCCUCGGAAGUCGGAGGCUGGCGUGGUGCCGGAAGCAGCGGUGAUACGAGAUGCUGGUGGUGGUGGUGGUGGUGGUGACGAGCUACGGCUGCUGGAUGUUCUGUUUGCCGAGCUGGGCGCGCCGGAGGAUCAACUGGCCGACACGGCGACGGCGACGGCGAUGGUGACGGCUGCUGCGGUUACAGCGAACGGCGACGAGCCGCCGCCGGUCAAGAGCGAGGCGAGCGACGAGCGGCGCGACGCGUGGGUGCCGGUCAACGGCCACCAGCAGCAGCAGCAGCAGCAGCAGCAGCACCGCGACGGCAACAGCGCGACGCUGCGGCCCAUCGAGCCCGACCGCGCCGGCAGCACCAGCAUUGCCCCUACCACCACCGCCCCUACGCUGCCGUCCAUCCUGAACCUGCCGCCGGCCUCGCCGCCAGCCUACGCCGUCUCGUGCGCGCGCCCGGCUCCCCCGCACCACACGCACCCGUGGCCGUCGCCCGCCCCGUCCGCGGCCACCAGCUCCUCCACGUCCACCUCCUCGUCCACCCCCAACACCACCACUACCCGCCCACCGCCUCCUUUCUCCUCGCUGCUACCUGCCCUACUCCCAGCGGCCCACGCCCACACGCCCUUCCCCGCCCCGCCGCUCGCCGCCGUACAGCCCGCCGCCCAGCCGCCCGCUCCGCCCCAGCACCUCCUACACCACCACCACCAUCACCACCACCACCAUCACCAGCACCAGCACCAGCACCAGCACCAACAUCACCAGCAUCACCAGCUGCAGCUCGCCAACGCCCACGCGCGCGCGCGCCUGACCCCGCCCGAGUCCCGCGCCGCGCUGUCCGCGUCCCCGCGCGUCGUCUCGCCGCGGGCCGUGGACGCCGCUGGGAGUGUGCCGCCGCUGGCCGCCGCCGCCGACGACGUGCGCGCCUUCAUGGAGGGCGAGGGCCUGGACACGUGGGCUGUGCGGCGCGGCGCGGCUGCCGGCUGGCUGGGCGUGCUGUGGGAGGGCGCGGUCGUGCGGUGA